CAAUUCUGAAUCAAAAUAUAAAAAUAAAACCUUUUAGUUUAAAAAUCCCCCUCAACAAGUUCAAACAAAAAAUGCAUUUAAAAUACUAUUUAAUAGUAAUUGCCACUACUGUAAUAUGUGUUAACUGUGAACUACGCGAUAUAGAAGAAAUGUAUUUGAAUUUUUUUGUUCAAAUCGAAAGUGUUAAAAAAUCAAUUGAUAUACUAAAACUACGCAUGGAUGCUCUGAAUGAAAAAAAUCCUAAUAGCAAUUACUACGAUCUUAUCGACAACAGAUUUUCUCAGGUUUUUGAAAAUUUUCGUAUUACUCAUAAAUCGUUGGACCAUUUAGCACAACGUUUAGAUACUAUCUCAGCUAAUGAUAAAAUAAGACCCACAGAGGAGGGGUCUAUGAAAGAAACUUUGGAAAUAUCCAAUCUGAAUGAAAAGUAUUCGACUUUAUUAGUUGAAGUAAAUAGAGUAAAAAACUCGGAGGAAAGUCUAAAACAGAAGAAUGCUGAGUUGGAAUCAAAGUAUUUGGACAUUUUAAAAAAUUAUGAAAUUUCCAAACAAAACACUGAAGAGUUGAAACUCGAAGUGAGUGCAUUAAAAAUGCAAAUGACAGAGAUAUUAGGCGAUCAGAAAGCAGUUAAAAUUUUCGAAAAUAAGCCCUUAUUCGAUGUACGUAUUGAUAAAUUGCCAAAAUUUAAACACUACUGUUAUUCAGAUCCUAAACCAGUUGACUGUAAAACCGCUACUAGAUGUACGCAAAAAAGUGGUUAUUACAAUCUAACUUUACCGGGCAAUAAGUCUAAACAAAUAAUGGUCUUUUGUGAUACAAAGACCAACGGCGGUGAUUGGUUGCACAUAUUACGCCGUCACGAUGGUUCGGAAAAUUUUACACGCCCCUGGUUAGAUUACGUUAAGGGAUUUGGUCACGUGGAGGGUGAAUACUGGUUAGGUUUAGAGAAUUUACAUACUCUUACCAACUACAAUGGUCGCCAGCAAUUAUAUGUUUACAUUGAAAAUUUCGAAGGAGAGUCCAGAUUUGCUCAUUACGAUAAUUUUGUAGUGGGAAGUUCUAGCGAUCAAUAUGAACUGAAGUCGUUAGGAAAUUAUGAUGGAACUGCUGGAGAAGAUAUGUCCUAUAAUGUUGGCUUAAAAUUCAGUACAAUUGAUAAGGAUAAUGAUAACUGGCCAACGGGUAGUUGUGCUAUUCAACGUCAAGUCGGUUGGUGGUAUAAUUAUUGUUCAUUUGUCCAACCUACAGGUCAUUAUUUACAUGGUGAAUCGUCUCGUAAUGGUAUUCUCUGGAGAGGUUUCAAUGGAUUAACUUAUUCUCAUAAAGUCAUGUAUUAAUGAUACGAAAUGUUUAAUAUUUCCAAUUGGGAUUUUUAAUGAAUUAAAAAAAUAUUUACUA